CGUUGCAGCAGUCAUUAAGCUGAAACAACAGUUUCAGAUUUUUUUGGUUUGCGGCUAGCACGUCUUGCAGGCUGUUGGGCUUCGUCUUUAAUGAAAAAAAUGUCCUCUGGGUUCUGUGUGAGAGUGCUUGUGCUUUCACUUGUGACUUUUGGGCAGCAUGCAAAGGCUCUCAGCUACAGAAAUGGAGGCUUCAAAGAUGUUACUCCUCACUUUGAUUUUCAAAGAAGCUUCAACCUUGCUUCAUCUGAGAACUUGGAGCAAGCUGCUGCACCGAGUGCAGGAGGUUAUAGUGGUUCUUAUGGUUGGCAAGUAGAUGGCUACAGUCAAGAGGGAAGUGUUUCUAGUUAUGGGCCUGGCCAUCCAAUCCUUCAAGAACCCAGACAAAACCCCCAGCAGCCACCUCAAACUAACCCUAAUACAGGAUUCCUUUCAUCAAGUAAUGGCAUUAAGAUGGAUUCUGUUCCCCAACAUGAGUCCACUUGGUGGUCCAGAACCCAGCAGCACGCUUACCCAGCUAAUCUCCAGAAACUAGGAUACCCAGCCAGGUCCCAGCAGCACAACGGCCCAGCUGGGUCCCAGCAGAACGCCUACCUAGACUAUCCUUCCAAGCCCGUGAAGCCCUCUCGCCCAUCCAAGCCCAAGCAGCCUUCUCACCCAUCGAAGUCUCAGAAACCAGGCUACCUAUCCAAGCCCCAGUCCACUUGGUGGUCCAGAACCCAGCAGCAUGCUUACCCAGCUAAGCUCCACAAACUAGGAUACCCAGCCAGGUCCCAGCAGCACGUCUACCUGGGCUAUCCUUCCAGGCCCCUGCAGCCCACUGGCCCAGUCAGGCCACAGCAGCCUGCCAAGCUCCAGAAAGGGGAGACUCAAACCAAAGCUGACAUGGGGGACCUUUUUGGGGGAGGUAUUUUUGAGUCUAAGCCCACUGAUGCAGAACUGCAAAACAUUGCAUCAAGUCAUGAAAUUAUGAGGGACUCUACUUGGCAAGCUAAGCACCAGCAGCCCACCUACCUGUCCAAGCAUCAGCCACAACCAGUUAUUGCUUCAAGUCACGCAAUUGAGAUGCAUUCUGGUCCCCAGCCUGAGUCCACUUUGCAGUCAACUAAAUCCCAGCAGCCUGCCUACCUGACCAAGCACCAGCCACAAUCGGUUAUUGCUUCAAGUCAUGCAAUUGAGAUGCAUUCUGGUCCCCAGCCUGAGUCCACUUUGUGGUAAACUGAAACCCAGCAGCCCGCCUACUUGACAAAAAGUCCCCCAACGCAAAGCUGGCAUGAUGUUGAAUUUUACUCUUUCUCAGGGAGGUAUUUUUGUCUUUAAGCCCACUCGCUCAAACCCACAAGUACUUCGUGAGCCUAGAAGUUCAAGACAAAUUCCAAUGGAAUCAUCAGACCAUCCCAGGUGGCAGCAGCAACGGGUGCCUGUGUCCAACAGAUAUCGUUUACCUUUAAUGUAGGUAUUCUAACUAAUGUAAUGUAGACAACGUUGUGCUGAAGUGAGGUUGAAGAAACUUAUUUCUUAUGAAAAUGCAUUGGGAACUUGCUUAAUGGUCUUUCUGUUCUCAGCUUCCUGACCUUUCUAGAAGCAGUCUGCUCUUGCAUAAACUGUUGAGACCUUCAAUAAAAUACUUGGAACUGCA